AGCCAUCGCUAAACGCUCUUCCAAUUUUUAAUAAUACCCUUAAAUGGUAUUCCUAAUCAUUUGUUUGGUUUGAAAGUGGAGGGCAUUGUGGCAAAAACAAAAAGGUGCCUUGAAAAGCCGUCAUGAGCAGCAAGGGUUAGGGUUGGAUUUGAUCGGUUUGGUGGAAGAUUCGCCUCCAAUGAGCCCGUUGAACGACAAACUCCCAAGUCACCUUUCCACGCCCCAACUCCCAUCCUGAGUCCCGGUUCAGCAACUAAAGUGUUCGCAGCUAACUCGAAGCCUGCGAAUCAAUACUCCAGCCACCAAUAAUGCCUCCUCCACCUUCAAGGCGACCAGAGAGGACGGUGGCCGCCCCAGCGGCGACCCCAGAGAGCGGAUCCGGCGCCGGCGCAGCCCGCAAGGUGGACAACAUCUACAUCCCCUCGUACAUCAGCAAGCAGCCCUUUUACGUCAGCGGGCUCGACGACCAUGACGACUCGCUCCAGCAUCAGCGCCGGACGACGCACGACGACGAAAACUUCACCUUCGAGCGGGGCGGCAAGAAGGUCGGCGCGGCCCGGACGAAAUGGGUCAAGGGCGCGUGCGAGAACUGCGGCGCCAUGGGCCACAAGAAGAAGGACUGCCUCGAGCGCCCGCGCAAGGUCGGCGCCAAGUACACGGGCAAGGACAUCCAGGCCGACCGGACCGUCAAGGAGGUCAAGCUGGGAUACGAGGCGAAGCGGGACAUCUGGGCGGCGUACGAUCCAAGGCAGUACCAGGAGGUCGUGGAGGAGUAUAACCUGCUCGAGGAGGCGCGCCGGAAACUACAGGGCGAGCAAGGCGACAAGAAGGAGUACGAGGAAGGGUUCAAGUAUGCCGAGGAGUCGGAACUGGGCAAGGACAAGACGGUCAAGCAGUCGAUGAGGAUACGGGAGGACACGGCGAAGUACCUGCUGAACCUCGAUUCCGACUCGGCCAAGUACAACCCCAAAAAGCGCGCGCUGGUGGACGGCGGCGCGAUUGGCGACAAGUCGGCGCAACUCUUCGCCGAGGAGAGCUUUCUCCGGGCGUCGGGAGAGGCAGCCGAGUUCGAGAAGGCGCAGAGGUACGCCUGGGAAGCGCAGGAGAAGACGGGAGACACCUCGCUGCAUCUGCAGGCCAACCCGACCGCGGGAGCAUUGGCGCGGAAGAAGGAGAGCGAAGAGAGGGAGGCGAAGCGGAGGAAACGAGCCGAGAUGCUCGCGAGCCAGUACGGCGAGCAACCUACCGUCCCCGACGCCUUGAAGGCCGCCAUCACCGAGUCCGAGACGUUCGUCGAGUACGACGAGGCCGGUCUCAUCAAGGGUGCGCCCAGGAAGGAGGCCAAGUCCAAGUACCCCGAGGACGUCUUCAUCAACAAUCACACAUCUGUCUGGGGCAGUUGGUGGUCCGACUUCAAAUGGGGAUAUGCAUGCUGUCAUUCGUUUGUCAAAAACAGUUAUUGCACGGGCGAGUUGGGAAAGCAGGCGCUCGAACAAGCGAAUCAGUGGGACCGACAGGCAGCGGAGGAUGGCGACGGUGCCCAAAAUACAUAGUUCUUAAUGAUACCCUGAAUCUUGUCGCCCUCAAGUCACAACAGUCACACGCCCUCAUGACCGAGGGGUUCCAGGAAGCCCGGAUCCCAAGCACUCAGAUGUUCUGAAAACCCCAUCACCAAAUGCA